AUGCUGCGGCAGCGGCUGCAGCUGCCCCAGCUGCUGCAGCUGCAGCAGCUGCUUCGGCCUGUGUUGCUGCUGCUGCUGCUGCUGCUGCAGCUGCAGCAGCAAACAGCAGCAACAGCGCAGCAUGUUGGUACUGAUGCCUGGCUGCUGGAGACAGCAGGCCCGGUGCAGCAGCUGCUGCUGGGUCCCCCCGCCCCCGCAGCAGCAGCAGCAGCAGCAGCAGCAGCAGACCAGCAGCAAACAGCAGCAACAGCGCAGCACGUUGGUACUGAUGCCUGGCUGCUGGAGACAGCAGGCCCCGUGCAGCAGCUGCUGCUGGGUCCCCCCGCCCCUCCAGCAGCAGCAGCAGCAGCAGCAGCAGCAGCAGACCCAGCAGCAGCAGCAGCAGCAGCAGCAGCAGCAGCAGACUGGACAGCUGUUACUGUUGCAGCAACAGGAGUAGUUUCGGGUGUACAUGCAGCUACAGGAGAGCUGCGGUGGCGGCUGGUGCUGAGCGAGGGGUGGCAGCUGCAGCAGCAGCAGCAGAUCGGGCCUUUGCUGCUGCUGCUGGCGCAUGCGGAGCAUCCUUUAUCUGCUGCUGCAGCAGCAGCAGCAACAGCAGCAGCAGAAACAGACCCAGCAGCAGCAGCAGCAGCAGCAGCAGCAGCAGCAGCUAAAGGAGCAACACUGCAUGCAAUCGACCUGAGAGACGGCGUGCUGCUGUGGAAGGCAGGGGGAGACAUCAGCAGCUUUGCUGCUGCUGCUUCUGGCCCCAGUGCAGCAGCAGCAGCAGCAGCAGGAGCAGCAGCAGCAGCAGCAGCAGCAGCAGCAGAAGCUGUCUUCGUUGCAUGCGUUACACCGCAGGGCCUGGAGGCCCGGGAUGCCGUCUCAGGGCGUGUCUUAUGGACGCAGCCCCUCAGCAGCAGCAGCAGCAGCAGCAGCAGCAGCGGCAGCGGCAGCAGCAGCAGCAGCAGCAGCGGGAAUAUUCUUGGUGUUGUAUCUGUACAGCUGCAGCAGAAGCAGGGGGAGCAGCAGCAGGCUGCUUUUUGUUUGCUGCAGCAGCAAAAGAACGAAGACAAGCUCAGCAGCAGCUGCUACCACGCAUGGGACGGGCAGCAGCAGCAGCAGCAGCAGCAGCAGCAGCAGCAGCAGCAGCAGCAGCAGCAGGUGAGGGUUGAUGCUUCGCAGGCUUUAUCUAUUGUCCCCCUUGAGAGGAAUUGCUUCGCGCUGAAGAAUCAAUCCGGUUUGUCUGGUGGCGAUUGGGUGGUGACUCCUCUGCAGUCUCCUGGCGGCGAGAAGCCCUACCAGCACCUGGUUGCUGCGAGGGUUUAUGAUGGAGUCGUCGAGUCAAAGCUGCUGAAUCUACAAACCCUCGCGGCAACAGUAGAGAACGAGCAGCAGCAGCAACGACAAAACAGCAGCAAUAGCAGCAACAAAACAGCAGCAGCAGCAGCAGCAGCAAACCAGCAGCAGCAGCAGCAACAGCAGCAACAGCAGCAGCAGCAGCAGCAGCAGCAGCUCUUAUGUGUUUGUUUCCGCAGGGAGGAGCUGCCUACAGCAGCAGCAGCAGCAGCAGCAUGGCGAGCUGCUGGGGUGUAUCCUGAGCUCCCCGCUGCAGCUGCUGCGUUGGCGUUUGGUGCUGCAGCAGACCAGCAGCAGCAGCAGCAGCAGCAGCAGCUGUUGCUGCUGCUGUCUGAUUUCUCUCUGCUGCUGCUGCAGCAGGGUUUGGGGGCCUCCUGGUUGAGGGAGGAGGGAGAAGAGACAGACGCAGCUGCUGCUGCUGCAUCGAGGGGUUUAAUGCAUGCAGCAGCAGCAGCAGCAGCAGCAGCAGCAGAGGAAGCAGCAGCAACAGCAGCUACAAUUGCUACUGCUGUUGGUAGUGCUGCAGCAGAUGCUGCUGCUGCUCUCGUCUCCAAGGGUUUAGGGUUUGCUGCUUCGCUGCUGGGGAGACAAGAAAUACCCCCUGAAGUUGCUGCUGCAAGCCGUGCCAGCCUUUCUCCCCUUUUUAAUUUUAGGCUGUCAGCAGCAUCGAAGUUAUCAGCGCUUGGGCUGCAGCAGCAGCAGCAGCAGCAGCAGCAGCAGCAGCAGCAGGAGCAGCAGCAGCAGCAGCAGCAGCAGCAGCAGCAGAGCGUGCUGCUGACGCAGCUAGCAGCAGAAAUGCAUGCAAAGCGUAAAGCUCAACCCUUCGGCUGGAGGAAUAUCAUCGUUGCUGCAAACUGCAACAACAAGAUGUAUGGGCUGCAUGCGGCCACGGGUUUGCUGCUGUGGCAGCUGCAGCUCCCUAGCAGCAGCAGCAGCAGCAGCAGCAGCAGCAGCAGCAGCAGCAGCAGCAGCAGCACGAGCUGCUGCUGCCUGAAUAAACUGCAGACAAGCAGCAGCCACCUAGCAGCACGCGCAGCAGCAAACGGCAAGGCGAAUUGGGGGGCCUCAACCGAGAGCUGCAGCAGGGACGCAGCUCAGCAGCAGCAGCAGCAGCAGCAGCAGCAGCAGCAACUGCAGCAGCAGCAGCAGCAGCAGCAGCAGCAAGGGGGAGACACAUGCGACUGGCAGCUGAUAUCUCUGGAGCUCGUGGGGCCCCACAAAGCCACUGUCUUUGCUGCUCUUAUUAACUCUAAGACACAGUUGCUGGUGCUGCUGCAGUUGCUGCUGCUGCUGCUGUUGCUGCUGCAGCAGUUGCUGCUACCUGAGCUGUAUGCGCUCCUCAUCAGCAUGCUGCCGCUGCAGCACCUGGAGCUGCAAGACGCAGCAGCAGCAGCUGCUGCUGCUGCUGCUGCUGGUGCUGCUGUUGACACUGAACACGAAACAGCAGACGUGCUGCUGCAGCGGCUGCAGCACAGCAGCAGCGCCGUUGUGCUGCUGGGGAAGCAGCAGCAGCAGCAGCAGCAGCAGAAGCAGCAGCAGCAGCAGCAGCAGCAGCAGCAGCCGCAGCAGCAGCAGCAGCUACUUGUGUACCUCGCAGAGCCGCAGCAUCAGAUUGCUCCUUCUGCUGCAGUAACAGAUGAGUGCUGCCGCUGCAGCACCUGGAGCUGCAAGACGCAGCAGCAGCAGCUACUUGUGUACCUCGCAGAGCCGCAGCAUCAGAUUGCUCCUUCUGCUGCAGUAACAGAUGAGAUCCCCCUACCCCUUGCUCGUCUCCUCUCUUCGCGUAUUUCUUUUUAUAUAAAAGAUGAAUGCAGCAGCCUUAUUGAGGGUUUCUCUGUUUUGCCUCUCCAUGCAUCCAGUAAACCCUCGGCCGGGUUUCUCUGUUUUGCCUCUCAGUGCAUCCAGUAA